UAUUCUGCCCAUUUUGUUGGUGGCUGCCUUAUCAUCACAUCGAUUAAGUCAAAAGGAAAAGGCUUCCAGCAUUGUGUGAAAUAUGACUUCAAGCCACAGAAGUGGUACAUGGUAUCAAUUGUCCACAUUUAUAAUCGAUGGAAGAACAGUGAAUUGCGCUGUUACGUGAAUGGAGAACUAGCUUCAUAUGGAGAGAUAACUUGGUUUGUCAACACAAGUGAUACAUUUGACAAGUGUUUCCUGGGGUCAUCUGAAACAGCGGAUGCUAACAGAGUGUUUUGUGGGCAGAUGGCUGCUGUAUACCUUUUUAGUGAAUCACUCAAUGCUGCUCAAAUUUUUGCAAUUUAUCAGCUUGGCCCCUCAUACAAGGGUACAUUUAAGUUCAAAGCAGAGAGUGACCUUUUUCUUCCUGAGCACCACAAAUUGUUGCUG